GAGCACUGCAGGCCAAAACAGUUCAAUGAAUUCAGAACUGAUAAAUUAAACACACGUGACGAGGUCACGUGACAAAGCAUACUGUUUAUCUUCAGGUUCUGUUUAAAAACUGCUGGGCAGCAUGUAGUGAGUUUUUAUUCCAUAGUCUAGCCCUGCGUAACGACGCGCAUGCUUUUCACUCUAUAUGCCCAAAAUUAAUAUCGCAUAGAAUUUAUUGCGGAUGGUAUGCACUAUAUAUUAUUCCAAUAAUUCAGACGCUAGAGCGGAAAUGUCCUGAUCUGAUAAAGCGCAGUCGUUCACGAGCAAGCCCUUAAGUAAACGCGUAUUAAAUGAUGUUCCUAGACUCGAUAAACGCUCAAGUCAUGGCCUGCAGUCGGCUGAAUGCUUGAAUCCCGCGCGUAACGCCUUCGCAGUCCUCAGGGAAACUCAAAACUUUUCCUUGCGGCGAAACAAACAGGAAAAGAGCGGCGGCGUUACGCACCGAGGGAAAAUAUUCCCGCGAACACUCAGCGAAGCGCGCCCCGCGGGCGUUAUUUCCUCGUCCUGACUGGAUGAAGGGGGUCCAGCCCUCCUGGGCUUCCUCUCUUUCUCCUUCCAUCUCUCAGCAGCUCGGCAACCCGAUCUUUCAGCAGGAGUUUGACGCGUGAACUCUGGGAAUCCUUCGGCACCCCGCGCGUCACUGUCGCCAGGACACUUUUCUCGCGUCCUCGGGUUUCCGUAAAUGUUCAAGGAAUGGGAAGCAUUCGGGUGGAAUUAUAAGAUCGGGGUCGAACGGGACAGAAGCAGAUAAAGUCGGAGGUUUUGGAUUCCGCGGCUCGCUUUAUAUGAACCUGUUCUCCGGAUCUGAGGACGCGCGGCGCUACGGUGGAAGCUCCGGGUCCAUGCGGCGCUUCUGGGUCACGCGUCAGCGCGCGGUUCGGUUCCAGAUCAUGUGGCUGCUCGUGUGCUCCUUCAUCGCGGCGCUGAGCGGCGAGAACUACGCCACGCAGGCCCAGGUGAUGUCCUCCAAGGCGCUGAGGGCUUCCAACGCGCGCAGCAAUGUAACAGACAGCAAUCGCCUCACAGACUUGUACCGGAAGGAAGAGGUCGUGAUGGUCAAGAGCGGAGGUCACGUCCAGAGCCCGCGCUUCCCCAGCUCUUACCCUCGCAACCUCCUGUUGUCAUGGAAACUGCACUCGCCGCCCCACACGCGCAUCCUGCUGGAGUUCGAUGCUCAGUUUGGACUGGAGGAGGCGGAGAAUGGAGUCUGCAGGUAUGAUUAUGUGGAGGUGGAGGAUAUUUCUGAAACCAGCACCAUCAUCUGGGGCCGCUGGUGCGGGCAAAGAGCUCCAACACGGAUCACAUCCAAGACUAACCUCAUCAAAAUCACCUUCAAAUCGGACGAUUACUUCGUAGCAAAGCCGGGAUUCAAAAUCUGCUAUUCACUGCUGGACAGCUCAGCUCUCGCCUCGCUGACCAACUGGGAAGCAGUUACAGCGAUGUCAGAUUUCAGGGAGGUCUCCGGGACGGAUACACCACUGUCUGCCGUCGCCCUGGACAACGACAUCGCCAGCAUCAGCACGGUGGAGGAGCUCCUGAGACACAUGAACCCCUUCACCUGGCAGGAAGACCUGGAGCAGCUCUACACACACACACACUACUACAGACCGAGAGCCUUCCACACCGACCGCAAGUACAAGAUUGAUCUCGACCGUCUCUAUGACGACGUAAAGCAGUACAGCUGCACUCCACGUAAUUUCUCGGUGAACCUCCGCGAGGAGCUAAGGGCGACCAACGCCGUGUUUUUCCCACGAUGCCUCCUGGUGCAGCGCUGCGGGGGAAACUGCGCCUGUGGCACCGACAACUGGAACUCAUGCAGCUGCAGCGCUGGGAAAACCGUCAUGAAAUUACACGAGGUGCUGAAGUUUUCUCCAGGUCCAAGUUUCCACAGGAAGAGAACACGAGCUCACUGGGUUCUGGAGGAGAUUUACCUGCAGCAUCAUGAGAGAUGUGACUGUGUGUGUCUGUCCAGACCGCCGCGAUGAACACACACACACACACACACACACACACACACACACACACACACACACACACACACACACACACACACACACACACACACAGACAGAGAGACACAGACAGACAGAGAGACACACACACACACAUUCAGAUGUGUAGCUACAGAUCAUGCGUCUACCUAAACCAAAACCUUAUUAAUAACACAAGAGAGAUACACACACACACACACACACACACACACACUUCAGUCCAGUGUUGGGAGACUCUGAUAUAAUGUAGCUACUCUAUUUCUGUUUCUUUUUAUGUUUUAGAUGUUAUUGUUCAGUAAAGUCACAUGGAACUUUCCAAUGGAAUAAAUGAAUAUUAAUGAGGCUUUUGCUCUCCGAGACCAAUCAGAAGUCAGCGCUCGCCGAAGGGGCGGAUCCCUCACGAUCUGACCCAAGCCAGUGUUAUUUAUUAAAAGAACUGUCUUUUGUUUUU